AUGAAAACUAAGAGUUUUUUGCUGUUUUCAACGUCGGUUUUUGCAAUAAGUGUAUUCCUUAUAGUAUUCCACUCGCAGCCGCCGCAGUCAAUUCAAAGUAUUGUCACGCAAACACAUCAGCACCUUAAGGAUUUUCAGGCGUCGUUGUCCCAGCAGGAGAACUUGCGGGAUGUGGAAGAGAACCACCUGGUGCAGGAAGAACAGUACUCGCGGCUCCUGGGGCUGGACGGCCACCAGGAGCUGUGGCACAACACCACGCUGCCUGCGCUCGUGACGUACGCGCGCAACGACGCGCAUGCUGAAGCCGUCAGCUUCAUCCGCGCCGCCGCCAAGCUGCCCUAUACAGUGCUGCUCUACAAUCUUGGAUUGAAACCUUACUCUUUGUCUGUGGUUUCCAACUACUGCAACUCUUCGAAAUGUGCCAUCAUCGACCUGGACCUGGACACGUUUCCGUCGCAUGUAAGCGAUGAGAGCAUACACGCCGUGCGCCCGCUCGUUAUACAGCACGCGUUAAGCCGCGUAGGUGGUGUCAUAUUCUGCGAAGCGUCUCAGCGGUGGGCGGGCACGGCGGGCGAGCUGGCGGCGCUGUGGACGCGCGCGGCGGCCGGCGGCGGCGUGCUGGCCUGGCCGCGCCGCGCCGCCGUCACCAGCCUCACGCACCCGCGCAUGUUCCACUACUUCCACGCCACCAUCGACGACUUCCUCUUCGUACAGAUGAUGGACGUGACGCGGCUCAUCGUCGUCAACAAGCCCUCCGUGGUGGACAUCAUGCGUCCCUGGAUACAGUGCGCACUCACUCUCGAUUGCAUCAUGCCUAUAGGUGCACAGUCAGUGGGCUGCAGGUUCGAUAAGAAGCCGCAGUACCGGUACUCGGGCUGCCACGGGCAGGACGCGUCGGCGCUGAGCAUCGUGCUGGGGCUGCGCUCGGGCUUCGAGGAGUCCGCGUACGUGGUGCGCGCGCGCGCUCGCUGGCGCACGGUGAGCGCGGCGGGCGCGCGCGCCGAGCUGCGCCAGCUACUGCGGAACUCCACCGAGGACUACCGCACCGAGCACGCCGCCGCCGCAGACUCGCUCACGGCGCACGCCGCCUGA